AUGGGAGUCACCUAUGGAAAGAAGAGAGACCUCCAACAUUUUCCAGGUAAAGGUGAGACACACCUGAACAGGCCUGCCUCAGUGAUGCAAGAACACCAAAAUGAUCAGGAAGACCGAUGCCCAGAGCUUGAGGCCUUUUCACCCCAACUACAGAGUGAGGAGGAGAGUGCUGACCUCAUCAGACCCAAAAAACCUCUCAAUCCCGUAACUGCCUCAAAGAGCCACCAGGAGCUCCACAAAGAACUGAGGAUGACCCACAAUAGGAGAGUGUGUCAAGAAGGAAAGACUGAGCUCCAGCGAGUUCUAGAAAAGAGGAAAUGGGACCAAAAGAAGAAGGCGAGCAGGGAUCAGGAGGAAGCAAAGAAGAACAGAUCGCCACUUCAUCAAGAGCUGCUGAAAAGACAUCAAAGGCUAGAAAAGCUGGAGAGAGAGGAGAAAGAUCAACAGCGAGAGGAGCCUGAGUUCCUACGGGUCAAAGAGCGACUGAGGAGGACAGCAGCUCUGGAUGCAGGAGAAAAAGAAAUGUGACGGUUAUGACUCAUAACCUGCAUGUAUAUGUUUUCUGUUGACAGUCAGGACAAUGAACAAGUGGGAGUAAUUGAAGGGGUGGAGGCAUACAGGACUAAUUUUCACUGUUGGAGCUUAAGUGUCCAUUGCUAAAAACCUGUACACUAAAUAGAUAAUACUGCACAGUAUUUAUGAUCAAGGCAACACCAUCAGGUGAAGCAGAACAAGACAUCUGGCAGCAAAUAAUCCCAGUGAGUAGCUGACCAAAGGUGAGAAGAAGAAGAAAUAUGCAAGGAGAAUCAAAUAUUCAGUGGUAAUACUAUGCUUUAAUGAGUCUGAAAUCAAAGUAUCCAUAGGUGAAAAAUAAAUUAGUAAUUCCACCUGAAAACAGGAUGUGUCAUAUGCUGAAUACAUGUAUACAUUUUUUUUUAAUGUUUCCAUGUUAUCAUUAUGAUGAAGAGUGACAGCAUUUUCUGCAGAGUUCCACAAUUAGUUUUGUAGUUUUUUCACUUUAUUGUUACAGCUAAAUUAGGUCUGCUUUGUAAUGCUGGGAAGUGGAGUAUCAUCAGUACAUUAGUAUUGAUUCAAACAAUCCAGUAUAUUUCUCUGAGGGCAUAAAGAUGAUGUGUCUGGGAAUGGGACUGAUGUCACCAAUUACUGUAGACUGAGAGACGUUAAGUAAACAUUAAAUGAAAUUAUAUUUAUCUUUAAAAAGUCUAUACAUAGAACAAUACAGAAGGGGGUGAACACAUGAACACCUUUGUAUCGUAAUGCAAUCUGUUUAUUAAUUGUGGACAUUUUUAAUAUUCAUGGUAGUGUUGCUUGGAUUACAUUAUAUUGGACACUGUGUCCAUUAUAUCUUUUGAAUCAUUAACAAUAGAAGUAACAGUAGAAGUUCACAUUGCCUUUGGAAGGUCAUUUUCAACUGGCGCAGUUUAUAUGUUUGAAUUGAUUCCACCUGUAAUUCUUUACAAAUCACAGUGUUUU